CGCAGGCGCCUGGCCGCAACGCGGGGAGCCUCGGGCGCCGGAGCCCGCCGCCGCCGCCAUGCCGCUGCUCUUCCUCGAGCGCUUCCCGUGGCCCAGCCUCCGCACCUACACGGGCCUCAGCGGCCUGGCCUUACUCGGCACCAUCAUCAGCGCCUACAGAUCCCUCAGCCAGCCCGAGGCCGGGGCGGACGAACCGGAGCCGCUAACGGCCCCGCUGCAGCCCGAGGCGCUCGCGCCCGCGCGCCUGGCCGCCGGCGGCCCCCGGGCCCGCGACGUGGCCCAGUACCUGCUGUCGGACAGCCUGUUCGUGUGGGUUCUGGUGAAUACUGCUUGCUGUGUUUUGAUGUUGGUGGCUAAGCUUAUCCAGUGUAUUGUGUUUGGCCCUCUUCGAGUGAGUGAGAGACAGCAUCUCAAAGACAAGUUUUGGAAUUUUAUUUUCUACAAGUUCAUUUUCAUUUUUGGUGUGCUGAAUGUCCAGACUGUGGAGGAGGUAGUGAUGUGGUGCCUCUGGUUUGCUGGACUUGUUUUCCUGCAUUUGAUGGUUCAGCUCUGCAAAGACCGAUUUGAAUACCUUUCCUUUUCUCCCACCACACCAAUGAGCAGCCACGGGAGAGUCCUGUCGCUGCUGAUUGCUAUGCUGCUCUCCUGCUGUGGACUGGCGGUUGUCUGCUGUGUCACAGGCUACACCCAUGGCAUGCACACCUUGGCUUUCAUGGCUGCAGAGUCUCUUCUUGUGACAGUGAGGACAGCUCAUGUGAUUUUAAGAUAUGUAAUUCACCUCUGGGACCUCAACCAUGAAGGGACUUGGGAAGGAAAGGGAACCUACGUAUACUACACGGAUUUUGUCAUGGAGCUCACUCUCUUGUCCCUGGACCUCAUGCACCACAUCCACAUGCUGUUAUUUGGCAACAUCUGGUUUUCUAUGGCCAGCCUGGUCAUCUUUAUGCAGCUUCGUUACCUGUUCCAUGAGGUUCAGCGUCGAAUCCGUCGGCACAAGAACUAUCUGCGUGUGGUAGGAAACAUGGAAGCCAGGUUUGCAGUUGCCACUCCCGAGGAGCUGGCCGUCAAUAACGAUGACUGUGCCAUCUGCUGGGACUCCAUGCAGGCUGCGAGGAAGCUGCCCUGUGGACAUCUUUUUCACAACUCCUGCCUUCGCUCUUGGCUAGAACAAGACACCUCUUGUCCAACAUGCAGAAUGUCCCUAAAUAUUGCGGAUGGCAGUCGUGCCAGGGAGGACCAUCAAGGCGAGAACUUGGAUGAGAACUUGGUCCCUGCAGCAGCUGCAGAAGGCAGGCCUCGCUUAAACCAGCACAAUCACUUCUUCCACUUCGAUGGGUCCCGGAUCGCAAGCUGGCUGCCGAGUUUUUCAGUUGAAGUGAUGCACACUACCAACAUUCUUGGCAUCACACAGGCAAGCAACUCUCAGCUAAAUGCCAUGGCUCAUCAGAUUCAAGAGAUGUUCCCUCAGGUCCCAUACCACCUUGUGCUCCAGGACCUCCAGAUGACACGCUCCGUGGAAAUAACCACAGACAACAUCUUAGAAGGACGGAUUCAAGUACCCUUUCCCACACAGCGGUCAGAGAGCCUGAGACCUGCACUGAACAGCCCCGUGGAAAGGCCUAGUACUGAUCAGGAAGAAGGAGAAGCCUCUGUGCAGACGGAGCGUGUACCACUGGACCUCAGUCCCCGACUAGAGGAGACCUUGGACUUCAAUGAGGUAGAAGUGGAGCCCAGUGAGGUGGAAGACUUUGAGGCCCGGGGGAGCCGCUUCUCGAAGUCUGCUGACGAGAGACAGCGCAUGUUGGUUCAGCGGAAGGAUGACCUCCUGCAACAGGCUCGGAAGCGGUUCUUGAACAAGAGUUCUGAAGAUGACCCAGCCUCAGAGAGACUACUCCCUUCUGAAGGCACGUCCUCUGACCCUAUGACCCUACGCCGAAGGAUGCUGGCGGCUGCUGCUGAGAGACGACUUCAGAGGCAGCAGACAACCUAGAGCUUCCUCACCUUCCUCAGCCUCCUGCCCAUCCCUACCUACCAGAAGAGGCCUGUUCAGUUUUGCCUGCUGUGUGGAGACCUAUGACUGCAUUGCUGCUGCAUAAAGCAUGUGGUCUUAAUAGUGUGUGGACAGCUGACAAAUUUAAUUCUUUGUAAUACUUUCUAUGUGACAUCUUCCCCUUAGAAACACUGCACAUUUU